AUGGCUUCUCCGCGCCGCAACCCUCGUGUCACGCCAGGACGCCCUCUACGUGCACUUGCGUCCAUCGAACCUGCGACCGAACCACCCAACAAGCGACGCAAGUUCAUGCCCGGUGGCCUGGGAGGUGGUGGCAGGCACCGUGAAGUUGUGGACGUCACUGAGUUACAUGAGAUUUCGAGCGUACCGCAGACUGCACCACGUGCGAGACCGCGGAGAGAGGUUACGAACAACACUGAGAACGCUCUCGCCGCGCAAGAGGGAGAGACACCGAAUGUGACCCGUUCAGCGAUGCAGACCAGACCUCGACGCGAGAGACCGGAGAGAUAUGUGCCACAGCCUGCUACGCCGCGUCCACGCUACAGUAAUGCUGCAGCUGCCGCCGCGGCGAGUCAGAUGAGCGAUGGGUAUAAACCACGUGAAGAGCGCAGCUGGGAGGACUUUCACCCGGAUCUCGAGAUUGAAACUGGCAUGUUUGUGUUCACGGCGGAUGAGGUGGACGGCAGGACAAGUAAGAAUGAUCCUAGAUUGCAAAAGCUGAACAUCCGCGGUCUGGAUGGGAAACCAAUCGUCAAUGGAGAUGGAGAAGUGAAAGAUGCGACACCAGAAGCUCCACCACAAGCUGAGGCAGCGCCGGCAAAUACCACACCCGUGAAGCGGAAGCCAGGAAGGCCACCACGGAGGCCGGAGGCUAUGCUCAAUGGCUUGGGCUCACCACCUGCUCCACGCAUCGUGCCGUUGCCUACGCACAACCCAAAGGAGAGGCUGAACCUUCCAAAGCCCUCGUUCCGACAGCACAACCACUUUCUGCAGUAUGAGGAAGAUCAGAAGGAGAACAAGCUGAACUACGUCGAUCGGACCAUGGCGCACAUCGGUUAUCAAGAGAGUGACCGCUACGAACUGCCGCCGAGAGUGUUGGUGCGCUUGUCGGAAGGCCAGCAAGUCGAAGACGAGGCCGAGGUCGCGCUGAGAUUGGAGAGUGAUGGUCCUAAUGACAUCGUCCAAUCAACGGCAGUCGUCGGCAGGGUGGAGUACGACAUGGACGAGCAGGAUGUUGCUUGGCUGGAUGACAUCAACGAGCAACGUAAGGCCGACAACGUCGAGGCCAUCAAGCCUGCGAUAUUCGAAAUCACCAUGACUCAGAUCGAAAAGGAAUAUCAUGCUCUCGAGAAGCGCAUACCGAAGCCACAACCUCGACAUGCGCAGAUCACCCGACCACGAUCAAGCUCUCAGGCGGCCGUUAAUGGCGACCCCAAUCCACCGGGCGAUGAGCCAGAUAGCAAAUGCUCUAUCUGCGACGAUGGUGAUUGUGAGAAUGCCAAUGCGAUCAUCUUCUGCGACGGCUGCGACUUGGCAGUUCACCAAGAAUGUUAUGGCGUGCCAUUCAUACCGGAAGGUCAGUGGUUUUGUCGCAAGUGCAAGGAGAUUGGCCGCGGAACUCCGACCUGCAUCUUUUGUCCCAACGUCGACGGCGCUUUCAAGCAGACCAGCACCUUAAGAUGGAGCCAUCUGUUAUGUGCAAUUUGGAUUCCAGAGGUCACUAUAGCAAAUAUGACCUUCAUGGAGCCGAUCACAGAUGUGGAUAAGGUCCCUAAGAGCAGGUGGAAACUCAGCUGCUAUAUUUGCAACCAGAAGAUGGGCGCAUGCAUUCAGUGCGGCAACAAGGCUUGCUAUCAAGCAUUCCAUGUCACAUGCGCACGACGGGCGAAGUUGUUUCUCAAGAUGAAAUCACAGCAUCACGGAGGUAUCGACACGACCGCACUCAAAGCAUUCUGCGAUCGGCACGUUCCUCAAGACUGGCGGCGCAUCCAUGACACCGACAACGCGAUCAUCGAAGCCAAGCGCUGGUACAGACACGCGAUGAAGGAUCGCAAGUGGGCCGACAGUCAGAGUGCCGCCCUUGAACUCGGGGCUCCUCCUCAGCCUGAUGGUGGUCUUGCCGGCGAUACGCUAGGGUCUGAGGAUACCAUUGCGGUGACCAAGCGGCGUCGCAAUCAGCCGCAGAAAGUCAGUUGGCGUCUUCCGUCCGGUGCUCCAGUGGUGCCUGGCGUCGUCUAUAACACAGUGGAGGCCAGUCUUGCGCGCUUCACUAUUCGUCGGAGGAAGGACUUUGUCGAGAAGGCUUGCAAGUAUUGGACGCUGAAGAGAGAGGCUCGUCGUGGUGCUGCUUUGCUGAAGAGACUGCAACUUCAACUGGAGAGCUUCUCGAGUAUGGAGAUUACUCGUCGAAACUUCGCAGGUAUGGGAGCUGCUGGCGGACCAAAGCUUCAGCGCCGCCUCGAAUUUGCAGAAAUGCUGCAAAAGGACAUGAGCCAUCUCACGGAGUUGACGGCCCAGACGCGAAAGCGUGAAGAGCUGCGACUGAAAGAGAUUGAGCUGCUCUCUGAUCUGGUCAACACUGUCUAUUUCCCGAUCCCGCCACUGCUCUGGCCGAUCCUGCGCAAAGCACAAAAACUCGACGAAAAGACUCGCAACUUCCGCCCAGGAUUCGAGAUGCUUGCCGAGCGUCUCCGCGUACGUUUCUACACGUCCGUCUCAGACUUUUCUCGCGAUCUUUCUCGCAUUUUCAGCCAAGCCCUGGGCGAAGAUCUCGACGACACUGCGGAGCCCGACAUGAACGCGAUCCACAGCCGUCUCCAAAUGGUGCAGCCUGGGACAGCCGAGCACUUGCAAUUGUCUCAAGAGCAAAAGGAGCUCAAGAAGCUGGCCAAGCGAAUUGUCAAAGCUGUGAAGGAGCCAUUGGAAGACGCAACCAGAAAGGAAGCCGAGCUACGAGGUCGCGAGAUGGAAGAAGAGAUUCGAAAGCUGGACUCUAUGGGCAUGUUCGCUUCCGCAGCGAAGGCACUGCAAGCAGAAGGCGACGAGGACACGGAAACGCAGGUCGCGCUUAGGCGUCGGUCUGGCUCUGAUGCUUCCGCUGCCGCAGGUGCGUCUCCGGAGAUCAAGGCCUACGGUGAUAUCGAAAUGCGUGAUGCUGACGAUCAUCCGGACAAAGAAGCCAUUCGUCUCAACCUCACCUCUCAGGAAGACACAAUCGCGAUUCAUAACAGCAAGCAUACGCCUGCUUCAUACGCAUCCUCGACAUCCGAUCAAGCACCCAAGAAGCCAACAGAGCCGAUUUCGCCUCCAAUUUCGAGGUCCUCGUCUCACCCUAGCGCUGUAGCGGCAUCUGGCAGUGGCGAAUCGAGCAACAAUGCGGGCGAACCUCACGACGUGUUCGCGCAUGGAGGCGUGCCAUGGUAUGUGAAGACCUUCGAUCCAGUGGGCACUACCAUCCAUGAUGAACAAUACUCGGGCCCACAGGUUCUGAGAGACAUGUCCGAGCCCCUGUCAGACAUGGACGAAGACGAGCUCACGGAACUUGGAACUGGCGCGGAGAACACGCCCAAUGGCAAGCCGCCUCCUACAAGUGCCGAGCACACUGCACCGCCAACUUCUGUGAAGAAGUCGGCUGCCAAGAAGAAGAGAGGCAAGAGGGCGCAAUGGUCGCGAUAG